AAAUUGGAAAUGACUGCUCUGAAAGAAUUUGUUCUUUCUGGAUGUCUUCAAGUAAAAUUUCUCCCAGAGUUUGGAGAAAGUAUGAAAAAUCUUGAAACACUUGAUGCUGGGGAGACAAAUUUAGUCAAACUACCUGAGUCACUUAGCUUAUUGAUUGGUCUUAAGACUUUGAAAUUAAGGGGCUGUAAAAAUCUUGUUUGCCUUCCUCAGAGCAUUCACAAUUUGAAGCGCCUUGUAGUUAUUGAUAUAUCUGGCUGCUCAAAGUUUUCUAGAUUGCCAGAAAAGUUGAAUGAAAUUGAAGGCUUGGAGGAGCUCGACGCAAGUGAAACCGAUAUAACAGAAAUACCUCCUUCCAUUGGUGGUUUAGAGAAACUCAAGAAAUUGUCAUUUCGUCGGUGCAAAAGGUCGAUGUUAUACCCUUGGAGCAUGAUUCUUCCUUGGGGGCAUUCAAUUCAUAAGGGCUUAACAUUGCCUUCUUCAAUGCUGAGUAUUAAAUCACUGAGAGAAUUGGAUUUAGGCUAUUGCAAGAUUGAUGAUGCAUCCAUGCCAGAUGACUGGAGGGGCUUAUCAUCAUUGGAGAGAUUAGAUCUGAGUGGAAAUAAUUUUAAGAGUCUACCUGCUGGCUGCAUAGCUAAUCUUUUGAAAUUGGAACGUCUGUAUUUAAAUUCUUGCUCUGAACUUCAGUCGUUGCCGCAGACUCCGCCAAGUUUAUGUAUCCUGGAGUUAGAAGAAUGUGCUUCGUUGGAAACAGUGGGAGGUGAACAAUUAUCACAUUUCUUUGCUUCAAUGGACCAAUGGAAGGUGAAAACAACGCCUUGGAUGGAUGAAACUCUCUCGGUGACUACUCCUGGACGUGAAAUACCAUCAUGGUUUGACCAUCAAAUUGAUCUUUGUCUGGAUGAAUAUGGUAGUGCUUUAUUGAUGGUAGACAUACCUUCUUGGGAAGAAAUGGUGGGAAUUGGAUUAUGCACUCCGUUAGAAGGUAAGUUUUAUUCCACUGAACCCGACACAAGAGAAUCGGCUUUGUCGUGGAGUCUUUAUGAUUUCGCAGUACAUCCCAAAAACCACAAGACGAUAAGGGCAUUUGAUUGUGAUGGCGAGAAGAAAAGAAAGUCUUGUCACCUUUGGCUAGGGUUCUGGAAACAUACAAAGGAAUUCUGUGCCUUGGAGUGCUCAAGAAAGCACAGUCAGCUUCCCUUCAUUUUUAAUGCCGGCCAUAAUAAUGCAAAAGUUUCAAUGAAGUGUGGAUGGCGUGUCAUACGCAAAAGUGAUUUUGAAAACAGCAGUAGCUCAAUAAUGAGUCGAAGUCGCAUUCCAAUAUUGGAGUACCUGGACCAAUAUCUUCGUCCGCCUGGUCCCCCAUGUAUGCACGUAGGAUUUGGUAGGUCCACUGUAUUCACGAGAUAUGGUCCCAUGACGCUCCCUCGCCCAGGUUCAGAUUCAAGGCUCGGUGACCCUAGUUGCAAGUUAUGUGAAUUGACGAUAAAUGCACAAAAAUGGCAAGAAGGACCAAUCCAGCAAAAUGACGACGAAGGAUUAGACGAGUAACGCUACGUUUUGCUGAGGUUCUCAUAUUCGAUUCGAGGUUGCACAUGUUCAGAUUCAUCUAACUCUCAUCUUUGUUUUGUUUGCCGAUUUCUCUCGAUCCUCCACCUCCGGUUGUCAUCUUCUGCAUAUCCACCAUCUUCAUCUUCAUCUCUCAUCUUCAUCGACCACAGUUUGGGUCCUCUCAAUUCCACCAUCUCCUCUCGUCCUUCGGUUGCAAUUCCGUCUUCACUUGCUGAGACCCAUGAUCGAGAGUCCUGUGAACCUCGGUGACAUGUGUGUCCGUCCAUGAGCAGUUAGGCCUUCCGUUCCUUGAUGAUGGAGGAGCCAAUCUGAGUUCCUCAAGCUCUUGAUUAAAUGGCCAGGUGUCUAGGUUUGAUUAAUAAUGGACAGAUAUCCUCCUAUCCAGUUUCCGUUUCCAAUCUGUAUAUUUAUUGAUUAUAGUCUCUAGGUCUCUAUGGAUUGUAAUUGGUGCAUUUGGUUCAGGAUUAUCGUCGGUAUGUGUAGUCUGAAGAUUGAUACUUAUAUUAGAUGUUGUAUUCUGUGGAUUGUUGAUUGAUUUGUAGCAUUUUCUUUUCUA